GUGUCCAAUUAUAUUUAUAUAUUUUUUCAUUAUAACACUUUUCAGCGACCUUAUACUAACCCCUAAUCUAGCUAACAAAUAUUGUUUUACCAUAAAAAUGUUGACUAACACAGAAUAUGCUCAAAUGAUGGAAAAUUUGGUAAUUUCGACAACAAGUUCACCACCUUCAUUUCCGAUUGACAAUUUAUUGCCGACUUGUGGUUUGGACAGCGGAACUAUUCGAGUUUUGGACUUUUCUAGUCCGAAUCGUUUUUUGAUGAUUCGUGACGAAGAGAUUAUAAAACUUGCAAAGAAUGGCGUCAAUACUAAAUUAAUACAACAUCAAUUGCAUCACCAUGGUGAGCUACGACAACGUCUUUAUGAUUUGUUCACUGAACCUGCUAAGGGAAAGGAAUAUCUUUUGCGAAUGGCUACUGACAAUAAUGGGAAUUUCCUCAUUCAAGAACUUUUGGCAAGCGAAAACCGAACCUCAAGCCUGCUUAUUCGUGGUCUUGAGGAGAUUGCUUCGACUUUGGCAUUAAAUCGUUAUGGUUGCCGAGUUCUACAGAAACUUGUUCAAACCUUGCCGCCACAUUCUGUUGAAGAUUUAAUGAAUGUUAGAUUUGCUGGAAUUGAAUUUCAAUUGAUUACCGAUCAAAACGGUAAUCAUAUCGUUCAAUAUAUUGUUAACAAUCUACAACCACAAGUCUACCAGAAAUUCAUUGAAUCUUUAAAUAAGUCUGUUGGUCUUAAGCAAGUUGUUGAAAACAAAUAUGGUUGUCGUGUGUUGCAAUGCGCGCUAGAAAAGGUUAUUCUGAUUUGCCAUCAAAACAAUGGACAGCAACGGGAUGCUACCACCAAGAGUGCUGCUUAUGAAAUACUUCAUUUAAUGAUUUCGACUGUUUUGCAACAUGCUCGCUCAUUGGCUGAGCAGGAAUUUGGUAACUAUAUUGUGCAGGCUAUUCUUAAAGAUGACUUUUUGGCGAGACAGCGCUCUUAUAUAAUUAAGCACCAUUUUAUGUCUAAUAUUUUGGAACUGUCACAAGGAAAGUACUCUUCUCACGUUAUUGAGGUAGCUAUUUCACAUGCAGAUGAAAAGUCUCUUGAGGCAAUAUUUUUUGAAGUGUUUGGAAGUUAUGACACUGACAAACGCGGUCAAAAUGCUCUUCAUAUUAUGCUUUUCCAUCAGCGAUUCAAGUGCGAUUGGGACAACGCCGUGGAAAUCAGCAAUGGUUUGACAAAAUUGUGACUUAUGCUUACAGUGUUGGUCGACAGCUUUCACGUUAUUGUG